UCCUCAGGCUCAGAGUGUAGUAAAGGAGAAGGGUACAUUACAGAUACAUAGAGAGAGAGAGAGAGAGAAGUUGGUAACUAAAUAAUAUUAUUAUUAAAGACAUGGGGACGUUGGCUCCAACUCCAAGAGUUGAAACCUUGUCGUGCAGCAAAAUACAGUCUAUUCCGAAGGAGUACGUGAGACCCAAAGAAGAGUUGAGUAGCAUAGGGGACGUGUUUGAGGAGGAAAAGAAAGAGGGUCCUCAAGUUCCAACUAUUGACUUGACAGAAAUAGACUCUGAGGAUGAGUUGGUUCGUGCCAAGUGCCUUGAGAAGCUGAAAAGAGCCGCAGAAGAGUGGGGUGUGAUGAACUUGGUGAACCAUGGCAUCCCCAGUGACCUCUUGAACCGUCUCAAGAAAGCUGGCGAAACCUUCUUUGCACUUCCCAUUGAGGAAAAGGAGAAGUACGCGAAUGACCAGGUUGCUGGCAUGAUUCAAGGCUAUGGAAGCAAACUCGCCAACAAUGCCAGUGGCCAACUCGAGUGGGAAGAUUACUUCUUCCACCUCAUUUUCCCUGAGGACAAACGCGACUUAUCCAUCUGGCCCAAAACGCCUGCUGAUUAUACUGAGGUUACAAGCGAGUAUGCAAAGGGACUAAGGGUGCUUGCGACCAAGAUUCUGGAGGCACUAUCUGUUGGAUUGGGUUUGGAAGGAGGGAGGCUAGAGAAGGAAGUUGGAGGAAUGGAAGAGCUUUUACUUCAAUUGAAGAUAAACUAUUACCCAAUAUGUCCCCAGCCAGAACUUGCUCUGGGAGUUGAAGCACACACCGAUGUAAGUUCACUCACUUUCCUCGUUCAUAACAUGGUGCCUGGUCUUCAGCUUUUCCACGAAGGGCAAUGGAUAACAGCAAAAUGCGUGCCCGAUUCGAUUUUCAUGCACAUUGGUGACACCAUUGAGAUUCUGAGCAACGGCAAGUACAAGAGCAUUCUUCAUAGGGGUUUGGUGAACAAGGAAAAGGUUAGAAUAUCGUGGGCAGUGUUCUGUGAACCCCCGAAGGAGAAGAUCAUUCUUCAGCCACUUCCUGAGCUUGUCACUGAAACAGAACCAGCACUCUUCCCUCCUCGCACUUUUGCUCAGCAUAUUCAUCACAAACUCUUCAGAAAGGAUAAGGAAGCAAAUCUCCCAAACUAAAUCCACCACUGCCUCAUUCAAUCGCUUUCUUGCGUUCUAUGUUUUGUCUUAUGUAUUAUUUAUGCAUGAACUUCUUCUCGCUUCUGUUGUAAUAAUAAAGUAGGCCAUCUAUGUGCGUAUGGCCUCAGUGUUUUAUGUGUCCAGCAUUAAUAUUAUUAUUCUUGUUUCUAUUGAUGAUUA